UAAAGUCUUUUAUCAAUCUAUAUAAUACAUCUUAAGGCAGAGAACCAACUCUUCAAUACGAACCUCAAAUCUGAGUAUCUAACCUUUUUCAGAAGCUUCAAAUUUCAAUUUUCCAGACACAAGAAAUGGCUUUGUUCAGAGGUCUCUCGAGUGCAAAGCGGAUAAUCGGCCUUUCUGUAGGGGCUACAAGCAAAAGGACAGUUUCAGCACCAAAGGGGUUUCUUGCGGUGUACGUUGGUGAAGACCAAGUCCAGAAGAAGAGAUAUCUUGUGCCAGUCUCAUACCUGAGCCAGCCUUCUUUUCAAGCUCUUCUAAGUAAAUCUGAGGAAGAGUUUGGAUAUGAUCAUCCAAUGGGUGGAUUAACAAUCCCUUGUCCUGAAGACACCUUCAUCAACGUGACUUCUCGGCUUCAAUGAUGAUGUUCCACAAGAAGAAAACACUGACAUUAGUUAGAGAUAGAAUCAAUCAAUGUAUAUAUGUUAACCCGUUCCUCUUUCUUUGUCAAAGAGAGUCGUUCAAGAGGUUACAUAACUCAAAUGUUUAUGCUAUAUUUCUAUGUAAAGACAAUGGUUCCAGUUAAACAAAUUGCAGCAAGUUUUCUGAGAAAUUUGUUAUCAUUCUUGCAUUCACAAUUGUCUAUGUAUCUAUAUUUGUAGCACGUGAAUGUUAUGAGACCCAUAUAUGUUUAUGUU